GGCAGUGCUCGCUGGUGAGGCCCUUCUGCUUCCGGUUUGUGGCGCGAGGCGUUCGGCGGCGGCUAUUGCUGCUGCUGCUGCACAGGGCGCGCGAUGCCGACGGGAGACUACGACUCGAAGCCUAGCUGGGCCGACCAAGUGGAGGAGGAGGGAGGCGACGACGACAAAUGCAUCACCAGCGAGCUGCUCAAGGACAUCCCCCUCACUGCGGUGCUGGGUGGGGACCUGGGUGCCAGUGUUGCUGAGGCAGAGGCCAAGGCCGAGUCAGAGCUGCUGAAAGAUGGUCCUCUUCCAUCCCCAAAGGAGCUAAUCAAUGGGAACAUCAAAACUAUCACUGAGUACCGUGAGGAGGAGGAUGGGCGCAAGGUGAAGAUCAUCCGUACCUUCCGUAUUGAGACUAGGAAGGCUUCUAAGGCCGUGGCCCGCCGCAAGAACUGGAAGAAGUUUGGCAACUCAGAAUUUGAUGCGCCUGGCCCCAGCAUCGCCACAACAACUGUGAGCGACGAUGUCUUCAUGACUUUCAUCACUAGCAAGGAGGACCUGAACUGCCAAGAGGAGGAAGACCCCAUGAACAAGCUGAAGGGCCAGAAGAUUGUAUCAUGCCGCAUCUGCAAGGGCGACCAUUGGACCACACGUUGCCCCUACAAAGACACACUGGGGCCUAUGCAGAAGGAACUGGCUGAGCAGCUGGGGCUGUCCACUGGCGAGAAGGAGAAGCUGCCUGGAGAGCCAGAGCCAGUGCAGGCAGCACAGAGCAAGACGGGGAAGUAUGUCCCACCCAGCCUGAGGGAUGGGGCCUGCCGCCGUGGGGAGUCCAUGCAACCCAACCGCAGGGCUGAUGACAAUGCCACCAUCCGUGUCACUAACCUGUCUGAAGACACACGCGAGACGGAUCUGCAGGAGCUGUUCCGCCCUUUCGGCUCCAUUUCCAGGAUCUAUCUGGCUAAGGACAAGGCCACUGGGCAGUCCAAGGGCUUUGCCUUCAUCAGCUUCCACCGGCGGGAGGAUGCCGCCCGUGCCAUUGCCGGUGUCUCUGGCUUUGGCUACGACCACUUGAUCCUCAACGUGGAAUGGGCUAAGCCAUCCACCAAUUGAGCUGGUGCCACACAGGCCCUGGCCAACGGCGCCUCUGGAGGAGACGCUGAUCACUAAUAAAGGUUUAUCCCAGUCUGGCA